UACUACGCCAAUCACCUGUAAAGAUAGAAAUAGUUUUUAUAACGAUACAUGAAUUUUUAUAUACCGAAAAUAAUUAUGCUCGACAGUUCCCUAACCAUCCAUAACUGAAUCUGAACGUGAUACGCGUGACACGAUCAUAAAUGUUCGUGGUACAAGUUCUGUUAACAAAAUAUAACGAUUGGUUGAUUAUAAACGUUUAACCUGACAAAGUAGCAAGUCGAAACUGAAAUGGCCAAUAACACGCGUCUCAUGUAAACUUUCUUCGCGUGUUGUGUUAUUUUAUACCGCGAAUAUAUAUAUAUCCUCGAGCAUGUUUGUUAAUUCCAAUUUGUUGUUAAAAACAAAAAAGUGUCCUACAAUUUAGCAGGUCUUCGAUCAAAUAUUACCGCCUAUUAACGCUUUAGAGUAAUUACUAAUAAUUAGUGACAAGGUGUACAUUUGUAUAUAAGUGCAAUGAAUCGAGAAGAGGAAAGAAGUGAAUCGGAGGAAGAGCAUGAAAAGCCUAGAAGUCCAUCAGUAGAUUCCCAAAGAUCUGCCAGAAGUAGAUCUAGAUCGAACUCUGCUAGUCCUUCACCUAGAUCCAAUCAAUCUUCACCUGUACACCCAAGAUCACCAGCUUCGGUCCGGUCGAAUGCUACUUCUAGAAAAUCAUAUUCUAGAUCACCCUCGCUUUCGCCUUCCCGAAAUCGCUCGAUAUCGCCUUCUAAAUCUCCUUCGCCGGAACGAGAUGGCAAAACGAUACAAAGCGAAUCGCAAUCACCGCAUUCAAUACAUUCGGCGAAAUCACCUUCAAGAUCGAGAAGUUCUUCGAUUGCGGAAUCCAGGAAAAGUUCUAAUCCAGGAUCUAGGCAAAAUUCGCGAUCUAGAUCCAGAUCGACUUCAGCUAAACGAAGUAAUCCACCGUCUAAGUGUUCUUCUCCAAAAAUAAACUCUCCAUCUUCCUCCAGAUCUCCUUCCCCAUCCGUACAUUCUAAGUCGCAUUCUCGGUCACGUUCUCGUUCUCCUUCUGGUUCCCCAAAAACAGCUGCUAGGUCGCGUUCAAAUUCUCAUUCUCCUUCUGGUUCUCCAAAAGCAGCUGCUAGGUCACGUUCAAAUUCUCAUUCUCCUUCUCCUUCUGGUUCUCCAAAAGCAGCUGCUAGGUCGUGUUCACGAUCAAAUUCUCAUUCUCCUUCUGGUUCUCCAAAAACAGCUGCUAGAUCUCGUUCGAAUUCUCGUUCCCGUUCCCGUUCUCAUUCUGUUUCCCCGAAGGAACCUGCGAGGUCUCGUUCUCGUUCUGGUUCGCGAAGAUCUUCCCAAGCAGCAUCUCGAUCCCCGUCGGCUAGCCCACAUCCAAAAUCACACAGUAGAUCCAGAUCUCCUUCAGUCGACAAAAAACGAUCACGUUCCCCAUCUCCCUCGCAUAUUAAAACUUCUCGAUCUCGUUCGAGAUCAAAAUCCCAAUCGUUGGAUGGAUCAAGAAAAGGUUCGCCCAGUUCCCGAAAAAAUUCAAAAUCGCCUGCAAACUCUCUGGAUGGGAAACAAAAAUCGAGAUCUCGGUCUAGAUCCGGUUCAGGAUCAAGGAAACAGUCUCCGACAUCUAGAAAAGGAUCAUUGUCUAGAUCGCCUUCCGCGGAACCUAAAGUUUCAACGCGUUCAAAGUCGAGGACACCGUCAGGCUCAAGACACGAAUCGCGAUCUAGAUCACGCUCGAAAUCUGGUUCGAGACAGGGAUCACGAUCUAGAUCACGUUCAAAAUCUGGUUCGAGACAAGGAUCGCGAUCCAGAUCACGCUCAAAAUCAGGUUCAAGAAAAUCAGUUUCGAGACAAGAAUCGCGAUCCAGAUCACGCUCGAAAUCCGGCUCAAGAAAAUCGGGUUCGAGAUCAAAAUCGAGAUCGGUGUCAGGAUCGCGAAAAGGAUCACAGUCUCCCAAUUCAAGGAAGAGUUCUCGAUCAAGAUCUAGCUCGAGAUCGUCCAAAUCUAAAUCUAGAUCUCGUUCCAGCUCGAAAGCGUCACGUUCCAGAUCGCGUUCUGGAUCUCGAUCGAAAUCAAGAUCACGUUCGGGUUCGCGAUCAAAAUCGAGAUCACGUUCUAAGUCUCGAUCACGAUCAAGAUCACGUUCUAAGUCUCGAUCAAGAUCACGUUCUAAGUCUCGAUCAAGAUCACGUUCUAAGUCUCGAUCACGAUCAAGAUCGGGCUCAGCCGUUAGAUCCAGACAUUCCUCUCGAUCAAGAUCAAGAUCUCGUUCUGCAUCGAAAGCAAGAAGAUCGAGAAGUCGCAGCGAGGAUUCUGAAACUGCUGUUAAAAAAAGAAACAGGGUUCUAUCUGAUUCGGAAGAAGAGGAUGGCGGAGUUAAAGCGAUCAAAAAAUCAAAACAUGGAUUAUCAGAUUCAGAAAACGAAGGUAAUGAUGAAGUAGCGGAAAAAAAGAAGGACGAAGACGAACAGGAAGAAGGCGAAGAAGCUGAGAAUAAACAGCACGAUGAUAGCGCGGUUAUUGAUCAACAAGACAAUGAAGAUUCCGACGAUGGAAUUGUUGCAGAUGGAGGACUGAGUAACAGAUAUGUGAACGAUGCUUUGUCGGACUUUGAUCGUAUGUUGGUUCGUAAGAAAGAAGAACAAUCGCGAAGGCGUAAAAGAAAAGAUAUUGAUAUAAUCAAUGAUAACGACGAUAUUAUAGCACAACUUUUAUCUGAUAUGAGAACUGCAUCAGAGGAAGAUAGAAAAUUAAAUCAACAAAAUAAACCUGCUACUAAUAAAAUAGCUAUGUUACCAAAAGUAUUAUCGCAACUUAAAAAACACGAUCUACAAUUGGCCUUUUUGGAACAUAAUGUGUUAGCAGUUUUAACAGACUGGUUAGCUCCGAUGCCUGAUCGAUCUCUACCUUCAUUAAAAAUUAGAGACAGUCUUUUAAAACUUCUAUGGGAAUUUCCAAGAAUUGAUCAGGGAUCUUUGAAACAAUCUGGCAUUGGCAAAGCUGUAAUGUAUCUUUACAAACAUCCAAAGGAAACUAAAGAAAACAAAGAACGCGCAGGCAAAUUAAUUAAUGAAUGGGCACGUCCAAUAUUUAAUCUAUCAGCUGAUUUCAAAGCAUUAUCGAAAGAGGAAAGAAUGCAAAGAGAUUUAGAACAAACGCCUCAAAAAAGACGAAAAACCGAAGACGGUACUUCGUCCCAAAAAUCACAAGACAUUAAUAAAGCUUUGAAAGGAGACGCUAAACCAUUGAGACCUGGAGAUCCUGGAUGGGUUGGAAGAGCCAGAGUUCCUAAACCAUCCAAUAAAGAUUACGUUGUAAGGCCAGACUGGAAGUCUGAUAUUGAUAUUAGUAGAAGUACUAAGAAACAAAUGAACAGAUUUGAAAGGCAUAUGAAGAAUUACAUAGAUAAUAAAAGAAUAAAAGCAACUAGACGAGCUGUGGAUAUAUCCAUAGAAGGACGUAAGAUGACUUUAUAAUGCAAACAUUUUCGACCCGUACAUGAAGAAUAUUGUAUGAGAUAUACAAGCACUGUGUAACUAUAAAUAGAACCCUGCAAUUUCCAUAUAUUAAAUUAUACAAUUUAAAAUUGUAACUAUAAUUGUGCUCAAUAAAAGUUCGAUAA